GCUGACAGCUCUAUAAAUUCUCAGGCUGCUCUCGGAGUUUCCAAAAUCUUGCUGUGCUCGGAUUGCCAGGAGAAGCUUCGGUUUGUACAAGAUUUCCAGCAGAUGGCACUGAAUGGCCUCGCUGUUCUCAAGUCUGCACUUUCUAAAGUAGAUGACGCACCAUGUUCAGUCAUUCAGGAUCAUAAGAAAAAGACGCUAAUACAAAUGGAAGGUAGUGAGCAACUGGUAAAUCCAAUAUCUGUAGUGCAAACAGUUAUUAAGGAACCGAAAAUUGAAGAACAGGACAGUGUAGAAUCUUCUGACCCACCCACACACCCCAACCUUAUUGCAAAUGACGAUAUCAAAGCAGAAAAAUCACUGGAAAAUUUAGACAAUGAAUUAGUAGUUGAAAUAAUGCCCGAAACAGAAUCUGAACCCAAAAUAGAGUUGAAAUCGGAGCAUUACGAAUUUGACUCAGAAUCUGAAUUUGAUAACGCUGCUUUAAAUACUGCUAAAGAGUCAAAACUCAAAACGGAGGCAGAAAAAGAAUUAACUAGAUUACAUAAUAUUGGAUUAAUCACACAACUCAGGAGCACGUUGCAAAGUAACCAUGUUAUUAAGCCCCUCAGAAAUAAGCAAGCAAUAUUGAAAAAAGCACACAUACCACCGAAAGAGCCGAAAGCAGCAAAAGUUGGUAUAAUAGCUCGUUCAUACGCUGCCAAGUUAGCUAAAGCAGCUUUAAUAAAACAAAAUAAAGCUGUUAGAGACAAUGAAGCUACUAAAAAAGCUAAAGAAACAAGUGAAGUUAAAGAAGAAACUGUUGAUUUAGAAGAUAAUAAUGAUGAAAAUGCUGGGACUAGUGAAAUGGAAAAUGUUGAAGCGAACACUACAGAUGUUGUACCAGAUAAGAAAAGUGAUUAUAAGAAUUCGCGUCGCGUCCAGUGUACCAUGUGUGAUAAAGUGCUCUGCCACGCCCGAAGUCUACGCGCACAUUUCCAUCUUUGGCACGGAGAAAAUAAUCCGGUCAAGUGCGAGUUUUGCGAGAAACAGGUCAAAAACGCGGGUUUGCUCGAGUUUCACACUUGCCCAAAGAAAAAGGCCCAACAACAGGCUGCCCCUAAGACGAAGCCCGUGUGGUACUGCCAAGAGUGCUCAUUACACUUUCCGAACCGACCGCAGUAUAAGAAGCAUCUACUAGGUCUCAAACACACGCCGAGGGAACAGUAUAAAUUUGAAUGUGAGGUGUGCAACAAAAGGUUCCUCCAAAAGCGAUGGCUGGACGAUCACAUGGACGGAAUACACUUAGGAUUGAAAAAAUAUUCGUGCGACAGAUGUGACUCGUCGUACGGGUCAUUCUCGUCGCUGCGACGGCACAUCGCUCGCGACCACGAGAAGCAGGUCACGCCGAAACAGACACACAUCUGCGAUCUCUGCGGACAAGUCUUCACGGUAAAGAAGUCAUUAGACGAGCACCUGUUAUCCCACUACGGGAUUCGACCCUACACCUGCAGUACGUGCUCCGCCACUUUUACCUACCGCGCCGCUUUAUACACCCACACACGACUCAAACACAGAGGGGGGAAGAGGGAGAGAGAAAUACAAAAGUUGGGGAGAGAUGAUGAUGAAGAAAUGGAUGAAAUACUAGAGAGUGAUGAAAUUGAUGAAAGUCCUGAGUACUUGGAGUUUUGAGUUCGUAAUAAAUAAAUUCCUAUG